UUUGUGAGAGCCGUACUGGGCCAGCAAGCGAAUCCCGGGCUGAUGAGCGGAGCGUCAUAUAGCCAUCUUGCUAUUGGGAGGCAGCUGGAUGCUAUCGACAUGGAUAUGAACUUGUGGUGCCGUCAUUUUGGGGCCGUCUGUGCCGGUAAAACUGGUCGGAGACAUCGCGUGACUAAAGAGAAGUUGAGUCGCUCGCGACUUUUCCAUGAUUUAGUACUGCAUUGUUCUAAAAACGGAAGGAUGAUGGGCGGCGGUGAUCAGCUAGCGGGACGGACCGUGCUCAAACCUUGACGUUAGCCAGCCACGCUGUUAAUCUAGACGUUACUAAUCGGGUUAGUUAAUCUUAUCAGGGCGCUGUAAUUAGUUUCCCCGCUAAAAGCUGUACCGGCUAUCCUUCGACAUGCACCUUAACGGCUGGAGUUCGUAGUUCAGUACUAGUUACACCGAUAACUACCGGCUUGAAGCGACCGGUAGUCCCCGCUUUAUCCCUGGAACUGGACCGGCGCGAGACGUGCUCGCGCUUGACGUGCUGUUCGGGUUUCUGACCCUCGGCAUGUGGGAGCCGCAUCGGGAGCCAGGCGAUUUUAAUUAGCUACAUGUUAUGGUGUAACAUAUAAUAAGUAAAUUGUACUGAAUCCUGAAGACCCCUGCCCUUUGUAUGUCUAAAGGAUUGCUUCAAAUGUGUCUUGGGAGACGGGCAUCGGUAUCUGUCGAGAUGGAUUCCUGUUUGUCUGGGCCAAGGGGCAUCACACUCCACGCAUCUGCAUGAAGGCUCUUUGGAAGUACGGGCUGCAAAGACUGACACUAUAGAAAAGUACAGACCAGGAUCGACCUCUCUGAGUCGCUCUCACUGAGCAGGGACACCCUCUUCUCUCAGGCCGGCAGCCUGCCCUCCCCAGCAGCUGUCAGAAUGGCCUGGUACAUCUUUCCCCUGAACAACCUGCUCUGUAUGCUUCUGGGCAUUUCCUUCACUGUGUGGUUCACCCUGCUGCUUGUUUUCAUCAUCGUCCCCGCCAUUUUUGGUGUAUCCUUCGGCAUCCGACGGCUCUACAUGAAGACCCUGCUCAAGAUCUUUGAGUGGGCGACUCUGCGGAUGGAGAGGGGAGCCAAGGAGAGGAAUCACCCUCUAUACAAACCCUAUAGUAAUGGCAUUAUCGCCAAGGAGCCAACCUCCCUGGAGGAGGAGAUUCAGGAGGUGCGGCGUAGCGCCAGCCCUCGGGAGCUGGGCUCCGGCGGCGCGGCUGAGUUCGACGUGUCUGACAUCUUCUGCUUCUGCCGGCGUGGGGUGGAGAGCAUCGUGGACGACGAGGUGACCAAGCGCUUCUCUGCCGAGGAGCUGGAGUUCUGGAACCUGCUGACGCGCAGUAGCUGCCACUUCCAGCACCUUAGCCUGAGGCUGACCGUGCUGUGGGGCCUGGGGGUGUUCAUUCGCUACGGCUUCCUGCUGCCACUACGGGUAACUCUGGCCUUCACGGGAGUGGGUCUCCUAGUGGUGCUGACCACAGUGGUUGGCUUUCUGCCCAGCGGGAGGCUGAAGAAUGCCCUCUCUGAAAAGAUUCAUCUCAUGUGCUACAGGAUCUGUGCACGGGCCUUGACCGCUAUUAUCACCUAUCAUGACAGUGAGAACAAACCCAAGAACGGUGGCAUCUGUGUAGCCAAUCACACAUCUCCCAUUGACGUCAUCAUCCUGGCCAGUGAUGGCUGCUAUGCAAUGGUGGGCCAGGUGCAUGGGGGGCUGAUGGGGAUCAUUCAGAGGGCCAUGGUCAAGGCCUGUCCCCACAUCUGGUUUGAGCGCUCUGAAGUGAAAGACCGACACCUGGUGGCCAAACGGCUGAGUGACCAUGUGGAGGACAGGACUAAACUGCCUAUCCUCAUAUUCCCUGAAGGUACCUGUAUCAACAACACUUCCGUGAUGAUGUUUAAGAAGGGCAGCUUUGAGAUUGGUUCCACCGUGUACCCAGUGGCCAUCAAGUAUGACCCCCGGUUUGGCGACGCAUUCUGGAACAGCAGCAAGUUCGGCAUGGUGGCCUACCUGCUGAGGAUGAUGAGCAGCUGGGCCAUCGUGUGCAGUGUCUGGUACCUGCCCCCGAUGCAGCGAGAGGAUGGGGAGGAUGCCGUGCAGUUUGCAAACAGAGUCAAAGCAGCUAUCGCCCGCAAGGGGGGUCUGGUGGACCUGCUGUGGGACGGCGGACUGAAGCGAGGGAAGGUGAAGGACGUGUUCAAGGAGGAGCAGCAGAAGCUCUACAGCAAGACGCUGGUGGGGAACCACGAGGACCGCGGCCGCUCGUGAGGAGGGAAGCAAGAGCGCCCCCUCCAGCUCAGGCUGCACCAAUGGGUUCUGCGCUCCAGUCAGCAGUCAUCCUGCCAGUGUUCCCCCAAAGCCCCAGUGGACCUGUAGCGAUAAAUCCUACUUCAGCGUGUUUUUUUUUUUUUUUUU